UCGGUCUUGCGGUAGUGCUCGGCAUUCAACCGACUGGAACGCAUCGUGGUUUCGUCGUCGUGAUUUCGCGCACCUCCUUCAGGUUUUAAAACUCGUUCAAUUUUUCUUCCUCACUUCGUUUCAAUCGAAAGUAACUGUAUAGGCGUUUAAGAAAGAGAAGACAAAAUUUAGUCAAACGAGGUGAAACAAGGAAGGAAACAUCGGCUAACUACUGCUACGACUACGACUACGCGACGACGACGACGACGACGACGACGACGACGUUGUUGAAAACGACACGACAUUGAUCGAAAGAAAAGAAGAACAAAAUAUUACCCUCUUGAACAUAUACACAGUUUUAAAUUACAUAAAUCAACUAAAAUGAGUACGAUUUUAAAGGCUUUCGCUUCUAUUUCAAAAAAUUCACCUUCAACUACAGCAAAAACUACGACAGUAAUGACAAAUUUGAAUAAAUUGGGUUUACCUGUUAUCGGUGCACAUAAAUUUCAUCACACAUCUAAUGGAAGAGCUACCAAAGUAUCCGAAGCAGUAUCUAAACAAUAUCCUCUAGUAGAUCAUAAAUACGAUGCUGUCGUCGUUGGUGCAGGUGGUGCAGGAUUACGUGCAGCUUAUGGACUGGUCGCAGAAGGUUUUAAAACUGCAGUGGUUACAAAAUUAUUUCCAACUAGAUCACAUACCGUAGCAGCUCAAGGUGGUAUCAAUGCUGCUUUGGGUAAUAUGGAAGAAGAUAAUUGGCAGUGGCAUAUGUAUGAUACCGUGAAAGGAUCUGAUUGGCUUGGAGAUCAGGAUGCGAUACAUUAUAUGACACGCGAAGCUCCUAAAGCAGUCAUUGAAUUAGAAAAUUGUGGUAUGCCAUUCAGUCGGACUUCUGACGGAAAGAUAUAUCAACGUGCUUUUGGAGGUCAAUCACUAAAGUUCGGAAAAGGAGGCCAAGCGCACAGAUGUUGUUGUGUUGCAGAUAGAACAGGACAUUCCCUGCUGCAUACACUCUAUGGGCAAUCUUUAAGUUACGAUUGUAAUUACUUCGUUGAAUAUUUUGCAUUGGAUUUACUUAUGGAAGACGGAGAAUGCAGAGGGGUUAUUGCACUUUCUCUAGAGGAUGGUACACUUCAUCGUUUUCAUGCUAAAAACACAGUACUAGCAACCGGGGGUUAUGGACGUGCUUAUUUCUCCUGUACGUCCGCACACACAUGUACAGGAGAUGGUACAGCAAUGGUAUCAAGAGCUAACCUACCUAAUCAAGAUUUGGAAUUUGUACAAUUUCAUCCGACGGGAAUAUAUGGUGCAGGUUGUUUAAUAACGGAAGGUAGUCGCGGAGAAGGUGGUUAUUUGAUAAAUAGUGAAGGUGAAAGAUUUAUGGAACGUUAUGCACCUGUUGCUAAAGAUUUAGCUUCGAGAGACGUAGUCUCUAGGUCAAUGACCAUAGAAAUACGUGAAGGAAGAGGUGUUGGACCAGAAAAAGAUCACAUUUAUUUGCAAUUACAUCAUUUACCACCUGAACAAUUGGCAGCUAGAUUACCUGGUAUUUCAGAAACUGCAAUGAUAUUCGCUGGAGUGGAUGUAACACGAGAACCUAUACCUGUUAUACCAACUGUACAUUAUAAUAUGGGUGGUGUACCAACAAAUUAUAAAGGUCAAGUAUUAACCAGAAAGAACGACGAGGACGAGAUAGUACCUGGAUUAUACGCAUGUGGUGAAGCAGCUUCUGCUUCGGUUCACGGGGCUAAUCGACUUGGUGCAAAUUCAUUACUUGAUCUCGUUGUGUUUGGUCGAGCUUGUGCAAAGACAAUUGCGCAAGAAAAUAAACCUGGCGAAACUAUAGGACCUUUGAGAUCCAAUGCCGGUGAAGAGACAGUUGCAAAUUUGGAUUGGAUUAGAAACGCUAAUGGUAGUCUUCCCACAGCAGACUUAAGACUGAGCAUGCAGAAAACUAUGCAAACACACGCCGCAGUGUUUAGAGAUGCACAAACUUUGAAAGAAGGAUGCCAAAAGAUGUCGGGACUUUAUAAGAAGAUGGACGAUUUGAAACUAUCCGAUAGAUCGCUGAUAUGGAAUUCUGAUUUGGUAGAAACACUGGAAUUACAGAAUUUGAUGAUCAAUGCUAUGCAAACAAUAGUAGCCGCAGAGAAUAGGAAAGAAAGUCGGGGAGCUCAUGCUCGUGAAGAUUUUAAAGAUAGAAUUGAUGAAUAUGAUUAUAGUAAACCCUUAGAUAAUCAACAAGCAAAACCGUUGGAUCAACAUUGGAGAAAACAUACUCUUACGACUAUUAAUCCUAGAACAGGAGAAGUAUCUAUUACGUAUAGGCCAGUGAUAGAUGAUACGCUUAACAAGCAGGAAUGCGCUACAGUACCACCAGCAAUUCGUUCCUAUUAGAUCGCUAUUAUUUUUAAUUUAAUAUCAAAAUUCACUUUAUCAUUUAUAAAAAUUCGAGAUAUCACAUAUCACAUAUAAAAAGUACAUUGUUCAUCUUGUUCUUAGCUAAAAAUUAUUGUGUGUUAAUUGGGAUUAAGAAAACAAAUCUUAAUUAAUUUUGUUCACUCCCUUUACCUACACACAAAAGAAUUAAUUAAUUUAUUACAAUAUAAAAACUAUGAUAAUAAUAGAGUGCACCAAAGUGAAUUCUUGUCAAUGUUUACACGCUUAGUGGGUGAGAUUAGUUAUCCUUAGUAGGAAGUUGGUGCUGAUAUUUCAUUGUUUCGAGAUGAUAAACCGUUUGAUCUCCUACAGAGUCCUGUUUUAUGUUUAUUUAAAAUAAUUAUAGAAAGUAUAAUUAAAGUGAACGAGCAAAAGAAAAAAAAAAAAAAAGAGAAAAGUAGAAACCUUUUAAGGAGCUUGUUCUUCAUUGAUAAAGUAAAUAUUGUUUUGAACAAUAUUUUCAAGUGAGUUUAAUACCAUGCGAAGAAGUACCUGCUGUAUAUCGCGCUGCAACAAAGUAGCAUAUAUUUAUUAAAUUAAAUAUUGCAUAUAAUUCCUCUUGAAAAAAUUCACAGCUUUAUAUAUAGAAUAUAAGUUAUUAAAUAAAUUGAGAAAUUAUAUAAGAAAGUUUUUUCUCACUGAUCGUCAAAAUAUAUAUAAUUAAGUCUAUAGUAUAUAUAUGCCUUAAAAUCAUGUCAAAGAAACUAAGUUCUGAUCUAAACUAAUUUGAAAUUGUUUUGUAUGUAUAUUAUUUAUAUUAAUAUUACUGUAAUUAUGAUCAUAAACUUAAAUUGUUUUAAUAGACUUUCUAAAGGAUUUACAGGAACGUGUACUCCUUAAAAGGUUAUAUACAAAACGAGUACACAGACUUCUUGCGGCUACAUACUUAAUACUCAUGGAUAUAAUAGUUUAGAGAAAUGUUUGUAUAAUCGACAAGUAAAUUUUUAAUGAUUUCACACAAAUCCUUUCUUUUUUUUUUUUUUUUCAUUUGUAAUAGCAUGCAAUUUAUUGUUAAAUCUUUAAUGAAUAUGCAUGGGUUUGUAGCGUAUGUUAUGAUGAAGAAUAAAUAAAAUUGUAUAAAAAUAUUUACAAUUAUUAUAAGCAAUAAAGCAUUGGUAAGAAUUUUCUCAUUAACUGAUGACACACAACUCUGUAUUUUUUUUUUAUGUAAACAAGCAACCCUUAAUUUAAAUGAAUAAUGUUGAUGGAACAUCCAAAUACUAUUCGUCUGGAAAUAAAAUUAACGAACAAUAGAAAAAGCACAUACAA